UGCGCAAAUUAAUAACGCGCAUGUAUAUUUAUUUUCGAAGAGAGAACAAUCCUUCUGGCCAGAGAUUUGAUCAGCGAAUCAUACGAAUUUUAGCCCUAUACCUGUAACGAAUCAAACAGCUAUGAAGAGCUCAUCGUCACCCGCUUGCCUCGCAUUGCGGCUUUUAGUCGCAUGCUGUGUAAUGUGGACAAUCAAUGCACAAACUGGAGACACACCCACGGUUACAGUUACCGUAGAUGAGGAGAUGACUGUGGCGGCUGAAGAAGGUACACACGAGCCGACUGAUGCCCCAACUGAUGUCCACGAGACGGAGGUUACAGAGGAACCCGAGAGUGGUGGUUGCAUCAAUGUCGUUUCUGCCACGCUUCUCACAGUGGCGGUCCUAACCACCACGCUUGUUUAAAGACACCACAAUUGUCUUGUAACGUCUCACGAUGUACAACGUGUUAAUCCCUUCAUCAGUCUGUGGUGAAAGUAGGCGUGAGCAUCAAUGCAAGAGAUAGUGCAGACCAGAGAAAUAUAGCCAAAUCAUUUGAGGAUUUUAUUUUAUCAGCCGCGAGAGAAGGAUAAUCACUUUAACGUUUUGCUCAAUAUGAAACAUCUUACAGUCCUUAACCAUUCGAGUUUUGUUGUUCAUGUAGUUAGGAUGAUCGGUAAUAUUUAGUGUUCAACUUUUUUUUCAAUAUAGCUGCUUUGUAAACGCAAGAGAACACCCUGCCUGAAUGACGCUUUUAAAAGCAGACCAUGGCGGGAUGUUUAUUCAGUGUUGCAAAGAAAAGCCACAUUACAUGAUUAUUAUGAUUUGAAAAACUAGAUAUUAGAUUUUUGUUUUUAUAUCAGUUUGAAAAAGAUGUAAAAUACGUUGAUUUGACGUUAAUAAACUUUGAAACAACACAGUUGUUUUUACACAAUAAA